UCGACCGAUCGAGCUAGGUAGCGAGUACGAGGCAAUGGAAGGAGUGGCCAAGUCCAUCAUGGCGCCAAUGGAGGUGGCCGGAGCCGGGAGGGAGGAGGCCGAGGCCGCGAUGGAGGUGGCGGGGAGGAGGGGCUGCAUCCGGUCGACGCGGGGCCCGUGGACGGUGCGGCGGCAGGCGCGGGGCGGGGCGGUGAAGACGUCGCUUCGGCACCCGACGCCGCGGGAGCGGGAGAACAACCGGCAGCGGGAGCGGCGGCGGCGGCAGGUGGCCACCAGGAUCUACGCCGGCCUGCGCGCCAACGCCGGGUACGCGCUGCCCAAGCACGCCGACCAGAACGACGUGCUCCGGGCGCUCUGCGCCGAGGCGGGCUACGUCGUCGACGACGAAGGCAACGUCACGCGCUGCCCCGAGCGUUCCCCGGGCGUCGGCGCAAGCGGCAGCUCCGACCAUCUGCAGCCGUCCUCACACAGCGGGGCGACGGAGGCAACAGCGGGGGACAUCCACCAGGCGCUGCUUGAGCCGGAGGCGGAGCCGAAGCACAAGAUAUCCCUCGAGCUGACCCUCUCCUUCUCCUACAUGUAGCCACCUUAGAUCGAUCAUCACCCUCUGCGUCACGAAUUAGCACUUAAUUAGGUUCGACAGUUGAAAGUUCUAUAAAAGAAUGUAUGUUGUGGAAUGUGGAGCCAUCCGUUGUUGCAGAGCAGCCCCUGUCUGAGCGGUGCGUGUUCAUCUGGUAGCACUGGGAAGAACUUGUUCUCUCGCCGGCCGUCUGUUUUGUUAUCGGGCCAGCCCGUUUAUGUUCGCCCAUUGUGUUUUUUUUUUUUAAUUUCUUGUCCA